AUCACUUGGAGCAAAUCUCGAAGCAGCAACCCAAGACAGGAAAGAAAGGCAGACAGGCGGAGGAGCACGCAAAGCCGGAAACCCUAGAAAGGCUCGAGGUCAAGGGAAGAAGGAAGAAGGGUAUUCGAUCAUGUGUUUGGUGUUCGUGUGUGAUGAAGAGGAAAGGGUGCUGUCGAGGCAACCGGCACCGGGGGCAUGCCCUUACUGUGGAGGAAUGGUGCAAGCCAUGGACGUCGAGAGCAACUGGAGGUUUUGCUUCCUGCCGCUGUAUUGGAGGACCAAGCGCAAGCUCUACUGCAGCUUGUGUAAUAGAAAAUUGGUGGUGCAGUGAUGAACUCACAUGAUAUGUAGCGAGCUUGCAGUUUUUGCUUUUGUAUAUAUAGCAGAAUAUAUACUCUGAAUUAUAAUUGUGGCUGAAAAACAAAAUGACAGACUCUAUUAACAUGUA